GGUUCUUUGGUGAUGCACUGAUUCCUGUGAACUCCCAAACAUAUGGCAUCAUGAAGUCAUGGCUGCAGGCCAGGGAGGACAUCCCCGGUUGGAGCUCAGAGUUCUUCUUUUCCAGCAACACUGGAGACGGAGUGAAUACUUCCCUCCUGCUGGCCCAGUUCAAACGGAUUUGGGUGGAGCUGGGACUGUCAAAACCACCGCUAACCUUCGAAGACCUUCGGAGGUCCUUGUGUAUGCCGGUGUUCAUGUACUACGAUGUGGCUGCCUCCAGAUGGUUUUUUAAAGACAACCCAGACAAGGAGGAGGUGGUGGCCCAUGAGGAGGAGGCACAGGAGGAGGUGGUUGAAGAGGAGGUGAACAGCCAGGAGGUGGUGGUUGAAGAGGAGGUGAAGUGCCAGGAGGAGGUGAUUCAAGAGGAGGUGGUUCAAGACGAUGCAGCCCAGGAGGAGGUGGUUCAAGACAACCAGGCCCAGGAAGAGGUGGUUAACGAGGAGGUGGCCCAAGAGCACCCGGACCAGGAGGAGGUGGUUAAAGAGGAGGUGAAGAGCCAAGAGGUGGUGGUUGAACAGGAGGUGAAGUGCCAGGAGGAGGUGAAGUGCCAGGAGGAGGUGAUUCAAGAGGAGGUGGUUCAAGACGACUCGGCCCAGGAGGAGGUGAAGGAGCAGGUGGCCCAGGGGGACCUGGACCAGGAGGGGGCCCAGGAGGAGGUGGUUAAAGAAGAGGUGAACAGCCAGGAGGAGGUGAAGUGCCAGGAGGAGGUGAUUCAAGACGACGAGGCCCAGGAGGAGGUGAUUCAAGAAGACGAGGCCCAGGAGGAGGUGGUUGAAGAGGAGGUGAAGAGCCAGGUGGAGGUGGGCAGCCAGGAGGAAGUGAUUCAAGAGGAGGUGGUUAAGGAAGACUCGGACGAGCAGGAGUUGGUUAAGGAGGAGGUGAACAGCCAGAAGGAGGUGAUGGAGGAAGAGGUGGUUGAAGAGGAGGUGGUAAAGGAAGACCCGGCCCAGGAGGAGGUGGUAAAGGAGGAGGUGAACAGCCAGGAGGAGGUGAAGGAAGAAGUGGCCCAGGAGGUGGUUCUCAAGGUGGAUGUGAUCAAGGAGGAGGUGAACAGCCAGGAGGUGGUGAUUAAGGAGGAGCUGGUUGAAGUGAAGGUGAUUAAGGAAGAGGUGGGUCACGAGGAGGAGGGGAGUAGCAAGGAGGAGGUGAAAUGGAGCAGAAGGAAGCUUAUGAAGAGGGAGUUCUGUCAGGAGGAGAACAGUGAGGAGGAGGUCAAGAACAAGAUCUUAAGGACGAGGGUCUCUGUCCUGCUUUCACCGCUCAGCCCGAGAACCAUGAGGAGGUGGACAGGUAAGAACCAUGAGGAGGUGGACAGGUCGGGGAAGUCACCAGGGAACACCGGCAGGAGUCCCCUAAAACAAGAGGAACCUUGGAAAUAACCCUGUGAUAUCCACCAAAGAAAGACCCACUCCACCAAGACGGCCAAGCCCACCCAUAUCCCCUACCUACCACCAGGGGGCAGGAGUCCACUUCCAAUGGACCCCCAUUACUCCCAGAUCAUUCCAAUAUUACACCUCCCAAAAAACCCUUUCCAGGAUAAGGCAAACCCCAAGAUCACCCCACCUCGAGAGUCCAAAGAAAAAGUGAUGAAUCACCCUGUAACCCCCAGUCAAGCCUCCCCUCUCCCCAACACGUCACCUGCCCCGCUCCCCUCUGGGAAUCUCAAGAAAAAGACAAACCCCAUGUCUCUAGGAUUAGGGUUAGGUUAGGAUUACAGAUCUGAUAGUUCUCGGGUAGGGCUCAUGCCUCUGUCCAGUGGAAUGCACGGUCCUUCCUAGUUUUAGUGUCAUUGUAAUGUUUUUUUCCAUGUAUGUAGUUUGUUCAUGUUCAUUCAGUUUGUUCAUGUUGAAUAAAACCAGUAGGUAGGAGCAUGUUACAUGAUAAUCGUAUAGGUGGACAGGGCCGGAUUAAUGCACAGGCUAGAUAUGGCUGCAGCCUAUGGGCCCCCACCUGAUAGGGGCCCCCACCACAAGAUAGAUAUAGCUCCUGAACCAGCUAUGCAGUAUAGUCCCCAGUUUUAGAGGCACUUAGUGUGGAAUGUGUCAAAUGUGUAAAUGCAGUUGUCAUUCAGGAGAAAUUUUAAUGUUCAAUGUUUGGCAUCCAAUAAAUAUUGUUUUUGCAAUGUUU